CAUUGUUAUGAAUUAAUCUGAUGAAACAUGGAGUGUUUUUAAUUGAAGCAUGUUCAUGAAAAAGAUUAAGCACUGGAAAAUUUUCCACCUCAGUUUUGGAAUAGAUACAUCAUGAGCAGGAUUGCUAGCCUGGCAACCAGCCUGUGGAAUUGAAGAUGCCAGACUAGGAGUUUUAUAUUGCUGGGAUGCAGCCUAUGAACGUGAAUUGCAAAAUUUUAAAGAAAGUGGUGAUGCUGGUGAGAUCUGGUUUGGUGAAGAGAGUAUGACUCGUUUAAUUAGAUGGCUAGAGAAACAAAAGAUUCCUCUGGACAGCUCUGUGCUUGACAUUGGAACAGGAAACGGUGUUUUGCUCGUGGAAUUGGCCAAAUCUGGUUAUACCAAUCUUACAGGAGUUGACUACUGUAUUUCUGCGGUGGAGCUUUCAAAAAACAUAAUUCGGAAGGAAGGACUGCCACAUAUUAAGUUGCAGGUUGAAGACAUCUUAAAUCCCUCAAAUGAAUUAUCAGGUUUUCAGGUUUGUAUCGAUAAAGGGACUUUUGAUGCCAUCAGUCUGAACCCAGACAAUGCAGCAGAAAAAAGGAAGCAGUAUGUGAAAUCCCUACACAAGAUAUUGAGACCUGGAGGCUUUUUCCUUAUAACAUCUUGUAACUGGACCAGAGAGGAACUAAGGAGUGAAUUCAAAGAAGGGUUUCUUUUUCUGGAAGAGCUGCCAACACCCACAUUCUUCUUUGGAGGAAGAACCGGAAGCAGCGUAACUGCUUUGGUUUUCCAACAUAAAACAUAAGGUUUUUAUAUUUGGGACAUGAAUUUUGUACAGAAGAUCCUGAAUUCUGAAUUUCCUAGAGAAAUGAAAUCGCACAAGACUGUAAGCUGAAAGAGAGGUGUUAUAAAGUUUACGGAUACUUAUGCCUUGGUCCCUGCCUUGAAAAUAAAUAGACAUUUACCAACUGAAA